AUGAAGCGCAAGAUUCUGUUGAUGGGCAAGUCCGGUUCGGGCAAGACGUCCAUGCGCUCGUUUAUAUUUAGCGCUUACCGUCCCGAAGAUACCAAGCGGCUCGGCAGCACAAUCGAGGUCGAGCAUUCCCAUGUACGCUUUCCCGGCAACCUCGUGCUGAAUUUGUGGGAUUGCGGGGGACAGAAGACGUACAUGGAGAGUUAUAUGGAUACACAAAAAGGAAACGUGUUCAGUGCUGUGGGAGCGCUUAUCUACGUCGUGGAUUUGGUCAGUACUGAGGACGACGACGAUACGCACGAGUGGGACGCGGAUUUGCGCUACUUUCGGUAG